AUGAUGCACGGCCGCAACAACGGCAAGAAGCUCAUGGCAGUCCGGAUCGUCAAGCAUGCCUUCGAGAUCAUCCACCUGCUGACGGACAAGAACCCCAUCCAGGUCUUCGUCGACGCGGUGAAGAACGGCGGCCCCCGCGAGGAUUCCACGCGAGUCGGCUCAGCUGGUGUGGUGCGGCGCCAGGCCGUUGACGUUUCCCCGCUCCGCCGUGUCAACCAGGCGAUCUACCUCAUCUGCACUGGCGCAAGAAACAGCGCCUUCCGCAACAUCAAGUCCAUCGCAGAGUGCCUUGCGGACGAGAUCAUGAACUGCGCCAAGGAGUCUUCCAACAGCUACGAUGAGAUCGAGCGCGUGGCAAAGACCGAGCGACAGUGUCUCGCAGAUGUGUCUGCGCAGAGGACCUACGAGGAUGUGAUGCUGUCGGACCUGAGUUUGGUGGACUACAUCGCUGUAAACAAGGCGGCACAGAGCUUCCUGCCCCACACCCAGGGCCGUUACCAGAUGCGCCGCUUCCGAAAGGCCCU